GAUGACGAAGCCCUUCUUGAAGCUUUGGAGAACGAAGACGAUUCAUCGUACCGCGCGCAUCGAAUCGAACAGCUCAACGCUGAGUUUACCGCCGCCCAGAACGAUGCGGCCCGCCGCACCGCUGCUCCUAUUGGAACAAUCGGAACAAUCGUUGAGGAUAGCCUCUAUCCCAUCCUAAGAACCGAUCAAAUACUUCUGGAUUUCACAACACAAACCCACCGAUGUGUUAUUCACUUCGCACACCCAGAUUUCGCGCGUUGCACCACCAUGGACGAGCACAUCCGGGCGUUGGCUUCUCAGCACCACGAAGUACGCUUUGCGCGGGUUGACGUGCGGGACACCACAUUUGUGGUAGAAAAGCUCAAGAUUCGUGUCCUUCCCUGUGUCAUCGGUUUCAAAGAUGGGGUCGCGGUCGAACGUGUGGUGGGAUUCGAGGGCCUUGGAUCAGGUGGGCGCGAUGGGACAGACGCGUUCAGCACGGCAACGCUAGAGAAACGGCUUCUUUGGAAAGGAAUUCUCACCCAAGAGAAAAUAAAGGCCACGGAUGACACAUCAGACCAGUCUGAUGAAGACAGCGACAACGGCAACAGUCGGCGAGGGUAUGGAAGGCAACGGCCCAUCCGGAGCGGUAACGUACAUCAACGCCGCCUUGCUGGCGGCGAGGAUGAUGAUGAUGAUUGGGAUUAG